ACACAGGAAGAAUAUCCCAUGUCCACUCUGCCAAAAGACUGUACAACUGCUCAAAUCAUGCAUAUUUCUGCAAGAUCAUUUAGUACUUUCUACCCAACUGAUUAGUAAAUCCAACUGCAUAUUUGGGUCUUGCAGUUACGGGCUUACUUCAAGAUAGCAAUGUUUUUAUUUGUGUUGAGCCAUGAGGACUAUCUACCACUGUUGCAGAUGCUGAAGAUGUGACUAGGAUUUAAUCAACUCUUUAAUCAACUUGGACACAGUGAUGUAGUGGAAGCUAAUAACAAAGACAGUUGCUGUUGUGUCCUUUGUUUAGAUCCCGUUUAUCUAAAAGAUCCCCUGUUUAUCUAAAGUCCAGUCUACAGUGGACUAUAAAUUCAACAACCAUGAGCAAGGCAAGUUCUCUCUCCUGUGUGUGUCUUAAGUGCUCUGACCCUUGGCUGACUUAUAAAGGAAUAAGGGUUUAAAAUAAGCUGUAUACCACUUUCUUCUGUGUAACAGCUGGGUGAUUACAACCGAACCCUGAGACUGCUUCCUGAAGCUAGGCCAAGCAGAAGUGCCAUGAUUUUGAAGGGAGGAUAACAUAUUUUUCAAUCUUGAAUUGAAAACAGUUGCUAAUCUGUUCUGGCAUUUUGGAUUCAGGUUAUGGGGAAUUUUGUUUGCACUGAAUUUGAUAGAAGCAGGCCUGAAUAUCCCUGUCAUUAGUGUAAAACCAAGACAAAAUCAAAGUGGAAGUUGAUAGCUUGCUCAAGUUAAAAGACUAUUCAAAUUGUUUAUUCACAUGCGGAAUGAUUUCAUUGCCUGUUUCUUCCCUAUCAGAAGGUGAGAUCUCCGACAGGAAAUAAUAAUCAUGCCGUACGUCUUUUCAGCUGCUGUCAACAUGAAUUGAAGGACUGGGUCACAGAUUUCCAAGGCAGUUAUUCAUUAAACUUAACCACCACAUGUACCACCUUUAAAUGUACCUCCUUAGUUAGCCUUAAAGCUCCCUAUGUGUCUAUUUUGACACCAAGUGACUGUCCACUGUUCAAGAUUCACUGCAGUCCAGGCUGGAAACCUCUUUUCCUUAUGUUCCCACAAGCAUCUGAUCAUGUAGCUGACAGCACGGAUUUAAAAAGAAAUGCUGUUAUUGAGCAAACCAAAACUUCUGACAUCAGUGGAUGCUUAGGGAGAAAGGCAUAAGGAGAGUGAAAGCACCAAGCAGGCCUUUGCCUACAUGCUCUCUCAUCUACCAGCAAGCAAUGCCUUAUGGACUUGCAAAGUUAAAGACUACCUCACAGAUCACUGUGCUUAGCAGUCCAAGAAAGCCUGAUCCCCCAUUAAUUUCCUUUGACUCUUUUGAAUCCCCCCUUUUUUUUUUUUUCUUUUUCUUUCCUCUACCACAUCCCUUGCCGUAGGAUAAGCAAUAGGAGAAUUCAAAAGGUCUGUUUUCCUUCUGGCGCCUUUCCUCUGUUCAGCUGUAAUGUGAGAAAAAGCAAUUAUUUUCUAGAAAAGAAGAAGCUCAAACACACUCUUGCACAUAAUUUAUUUUCAUGGAUUGCUCCAGGAAGCUACUGUGCUGUAUGGAGGGUUUUGCAACUACUCUACAGAAUGAAGUUUCUUUCAUUUGGGUGUACUACAAGUGUAGGCACAUAGUAAAGGUGGCUAGGAUCACAGUUUCCAGAGGCAAAGGCUGUUAUCUAGGAGAUCUGACCUAGUAUGAUUUUGUGUAGCUUGGCUACAAAUAGAGUUAGAUGAAUUAAACUCCAUGUCUCAGAGCUCCUUGGUGGAAGUGUUCAUUUCAUGCUCAUCACACUGGGAAUCACCAUGUACUAGGAGAAAUGUUGCUCAGGGACAGGACCUUGCAAAGGAGUCCUAAAAGUAGCAACCAUUUGAUUCUGACACCUUUGGAAAUAAUAACAAAUUGUUCAAGGGGCAACAAAGUUGUCAAAGUACUCCUGGAUUUCUUGAAAACUACCUCUCUUCCAUGAGGAAGGUUGAAACUAUUUCAAGAGCUUGGUUUAGCAGUGUUUUUUUCAACAGCAAUGUUGGCCUAAGCAUCCCCUGUCCUUCCCCAUCCUCCAUGGCUCCUUCCCAAUUCCACCCUGCCUCCCUGGUUUACUAGUGACAUUCCUUGUGGGGCCUCAUAGUGAGUAGUUUUAAAAAACUGAUCACCACUAAAAAUAAUAAUGCUCCUUCCACCCCAGAAGUUUUUGUUUCUUCUUGUUUUUCAAUCUGGCUUAGCAUCCUUUACCACAAACAGUGAAGCUCAUCUUACACUUGCUAAGUGUAGGUUAGCAAGAAAAACCCAGAGUGGAGCUUUCCAAGCUACUGCUGCUGCAAGAAGUGUUGACCCCUAUUUAGUCACUAGAGGCAUCUAAGCUCUCAGGAUACAGUUGCUUAUACCCAGCUUAUGUAUAAGUUUACAUAUAUAAGUAUAACCAACCGGUCCUGAGAGUCCAGUGAUUCUGGUACUGUACUGAGGUGAUGGAAAGCUUUGCCCAAUUCUCUGGUCUGCAACAGAUUCACUUUAUGGCCCAGGGUCAAUCAAAACUGUGUACUUCUUCAUUUACAGAAGAAAUAAAGAUGUUUCCUUCCUAUCAAGAAGUUAUGAGAUAAAUGCAGCAGUCUGAAGUAUGAUCACAGGUGCUGUGUAGGGGUCUUAGAGGGAUGGGACAGCCUUUGGCAAUGCUGCAAAUAAAAAGAAAAAAGGGUUAUUCUGAUUUCAAAUCAGAUCACAACUUGGUUCAUGUGUAGCCCAACAAGCAGUUGAGUUGGCUGGCAACAAAGGAAAUAAGGUAAAAGGAACUCUUAAAAUAGCAUUGUGGUCAAGGAAAAAGCAAAUGAAACCACAUCCUUGGCUUUUUCAGUUACGGCCUCAGUUCUUUAUAUCCAAGAGAAGCAUAGAGAUACUCAGACGUUGUUUAAUUGGCCUAAGUUCCACAGCCAGAACAUCCCUCUGCCUACAAAACAGACAUAAUCAAGCUGCACAGUGUCACGCUCAUACCCACAUAAAGCACAUGCUGGGAAGAUCGCUCAGAUAUGUACGAGUCACUCUAUUCCCUUUGCUGACAGGACUUUUUCCCCAGGUUUUGAGUGGAUAUAUUUUUCAUUUUUUCUUUAUUCACCUUUCUGUGGAUAUGCCGAAGACAAUCCAGCAGAGUAGACAACUAUGACUACCCUUCCUUUAAGGUUGAUUUUUGAGCCUACUGUAUUUACCCUCUGUGUUUUACAGUUUUAUUUUUAGCAACACCUGGAAUGAAGCUAAGUCUUCAUGAGACAUUUCUCCCAUUAUUUCAAUAAGAUAGUGAUUUUUUUCUCUUUAGAAUUUAUACUUGAGGAUUAGCUAGUUCUAGUGGCUUCUUGCUUAACCACUCUUCUUCUAAUAACCCCCUAUUUGUCACUUACUGUUAUUUUCUUAAAAAAAGAGAUAGGACCAUACUCUUAUGAUCCUUUUCUGUGAGCUGUGAUGCAAAGAACAGUUAAAUUUCUCUGUAGUGCACUCUUUCUUCAUCUCCCGGGCAGAUGUUAGAAAGGGUGUAGGAGUAGUAGCUUCAGAAAAAUAUCAGAAAAAAGAAAAUAUGGCUCUGCAGUUCUUUGAGGUAAUCAGGAUUGUUAACAAGAAAGGACAGGGUCUCACCUCUGGGCCUUGGGCCCAAGAGGAUUUUUACUUUUAUUCAGUAGUUCUUGAAUAGAAAAUGCAUAAUCUGCUCUUGACUCUAGGUCACAAAAGGUCAGAUAAUUUCUAAAGGACUGUAAACAUACUUGCUAUUGGAAAUGCAUGAAAGGAAAUUACAUUGCUUUAAUCUUUUAACCUAACUCUGAAUCUGCUGUCAGUUGUGGGGUGGAGUUUGUCUUCCUAAAUUUACCCAAGUGCUGUAAAGAUAUGCCCACAGGGGAACCAGUAAUUCUACACUGCCUUAACAGUGUUUGGAAAGAAACAGUUUAUUCAACCUAGUCUAGGACAAGACAAAUGAAGCCUUCACUAUAUUUAUUUCCUGCAAGUCACUGAAAACAUAGCCCAGGGUGAAUGGUCCAGAAGGAUCCCUCUAAGACUAAGGUAUCCACCUUGGUCAGGUGAAUCCAGGAGGAUUCAUUCCUUUCCCCUCUUACAUCAUCUGGAAUCCACAUACAUUCUCCAGUGCUGAUCCAUCCUGCUUCUCAGCCCAAAUGAUGCAUAGGUUAUCCAGGAUUUAACAAGCAUUGAAAUGAAGGUGCAAAAUGAAAACUGCUUUUUGAACAUAACUUGGAACUAAAGGGUCUCAGUUUCUGCAGACUUGUGGCCCAAAGCAUUUGCUAUGGCACGUGUUAGAGUCAUUCCUGUCAUGCUGAUAUUAAGUUUUUUCCAGUGUAAGACACUGUUUUCCACCAGCCUGACAAGUGGACAACGAGAUGUAGUGGAUGCACUUGUGUUACAUAACAUUCUAGGGAUUACCAAGCACGAGUCAAGAGUCAUUCUGUCCUGGAAUAAUAACCUGACAAAAGAAGAAACUGAGAAGUAUACUGUGAAGUAUAUUUUGAGUUAUAAAUUCUUCAAUACCACUCAUGAAAGGAAAGAAAGACUGCAGGAGAAGAAAAAGAUAAUACGUCUUGAGUUACAUUCUGGUUUUCAUGCUAAAGUUAAAACACAGCUUUUUGCAAAAGACACAGAAGAUAUAAUUAAGGAGAGUGGCUGGACAGAGUUUACUUACAAGGCACCUCCAGUAUAUAUUCAGAAUCUUUCAUGCAUCAUAUAUAACAUUUCUUUUUUCAAUUGCACCUGGCAUAUUAAAACAGAAGCUCCUGAAGACAUCCAAAUGUUUUGUUCAUUAAGACACGUAGGAAAAGAUUUUGAAUGCCAGCAAUAUAUAAAAAAUGCAAGGAAGAAAAAUAUUGGAUGCCUUAUGAAAGAAAUAUCUUUUCAACCAUCAAGAAAAAUCAAUUUAAACUUAACUGUAAGAGAUCUGAGAAAUAGUUCAGGAGGAGUGUCUUACUACAAAGCUUUUACACCUCAGACAAUAGAGAAACUGAACCCGCCUACCAAUGUCUCAGUUUCCCUUGAAAACAGAAGUAUUAAAAUUCACUGGAAACCCCCACCUACUAUUGGUUCUGCAAGUAGCAAGUGCUUUUUGUAUCAAGUGAAAAUAACAGAUCGUAAGAUUGUAGAUGUCACUUCAGAGAAGUAUAAGUAUCCUUUUCAUAAGUCAGCAAACAAAUGUGCAGCACAAGUGAGGGUGAAGAAAGAGAUAUGCAUGAGAAACAAGAUUUGGAGUGAAUGGAGUGAACCCGUGUUUAUUCAUGAUGAAAACACGGUGGACGUCAUGGUGCUAAGCCUCACAUUGUUUUGUGUCCUGAUUUUCCUUGGAGGUUUGCUGAUAUGUGCAUGUAGAAGGUAUAGAUGCCUGGAAGUUAUAACCAUGCCUGUUCCACAUCCUUCAGAUAAUAUCAAAACUUGGUUAGCUGCAGAUGAGACUCACCACCAGAAACAAAUGUCAAUGCAAAUGGAGAUGAACUCAGAGGUAACUAUGGGCAUACCAGAUGAGAAUGUUCAACAACAGAAAUGUUUGAAGGAAUCUGGAUUAGAAGACCUGUAGGGACUAUACGCUGUUUUUAUCUGCAUGCAAGUUACCUUUCUGUGAGUUGAACAAUGUUCUGACAGAUUUCAGAAGAGAUGAUACUGGAGUUUGUUUGAGCUCAGUAAUGUGAAGCAUUAUGCAACUGCUUAUCUGACAUCAUGCAACUCUUAAAAUGAGCUUUGGAUCACAAAGACAAAGCAGUA